GACAAGGUGGUCUUCUCACAUUACGUGCCUAAAACAAGGUUUGCGUAAGAUAGAACAACUUGUCACUGAUAAGAAACUACAUUCCGAUGUUCUGUUCGAAGCAUAACUAAAUUUUCGAUUCAAAUUUGGAUAUAUUUUCUACGAUAUAUAGGCAUUGGUUCAUUUCAGAUUGGAAGAAGCCAGCUAUGGACAAAUUACUGGUGGUGUUAGUGUUACUUGAAAGUUUCUGCCUGACGUAUGCCAUCGACUGCUAUAACUGUACGGGGAUAACGAAUGUCUCAGAUUGUCAUCAUGUUGAAUUUUGUCCAAACACACAGUAUUGUUUUAUUCAAAGCAAUGGAUCUGGAAGUAAUAGAACGUACACAUUGGGCUGCGCCACGAAAUCAAGUUGUGGUUUCACCACUUCAACAUCUGCAACAACGGUUGCUAUGCCAAGUCACAGGACUACGUCACCAAUGUCCCUAAGUACAAACAUAUCAGCAAAAACGACAACAACAGAACUGCCUCCACAAACAACAGAAUCAUCGCCACAAACAACAGAAUCACUAACACAAACAACAGACGCAAAAACAACAGCAACGAACACAAAUACAACAUCAACAUCGCAAGGGCCGGCAUCAUUAGUGGGACGACGCGAAUUGUUAUACGGAGAGAAUUAUUACAUACAAGACGAUGCCGAUAGCAACAUAGACUGCUGUGAUACCGAUACAUGUAAUAAACAUCUACAUGAGUCUACUAGUAAACCGAUUGUCACACCUACUCUACCGGAUACUGGUUGUCACGACAAGGCUGGCUUUGACUGUGACAUUGCUAUGAAUCUUUUCGACGUUUGCAACGACAUACAGAAAGCAAAAAUAGUAUGCAAGAAAUCAUGCAACAUAUGUGAUCUUGUUGAUGGUAAGUGGUCAGAAUGGGGAAACUGGAGUAGUUGUGACGUCACUUGCGGAAAUGGUACCAGAGAACGCAUGCGUACAUGUGAUGAUCCGGAACCGGCAUAUGGUGGUGAUAAUUGCACUGGGUCUGACAUGGAGACAGAACUCUGUACCGAGCAAAAUUGUCCAAUCGAUGGUACCUGGGCAAACUGGAUGUCUUGGACCGACUGCAGUGUCACAUGUGGUAUUGGGCUUCAAAAGCGGAUUCGAAACUGUUCGAAUCCGUAUCCAGAAGCUGACGGUUUGUUUUGCCUUGGUACAUCCAGUGAUGAGAAAAUUUGUUUAAAAACGUGUCAUGAUGAUGCAUGGCUUGAAUGGUCCGGCUGGAGCAAGUGCAGUCAUUCUUGUGACUUUGGUUUAAUGACUCGAGUUCGGAACUGCAAUACUACGUCAUUGUUUGGACAUUCUUGUCCCGGAGACGCUCACGAAACCAAGCUGUGUAAAGACAGCGAAUGUCCAGCGAAAUUUGGGGAAUGGUUAGAGUGGUCUCCCUGGAGCGAAUGUAGCCGCACCUGUGGUACUGGGAUGAAGACCAGAGCCAGAGAAUGUAACAUAACAUCGAGUGCUUGUUAUGGCGAUCUACACGAAUCAGAUCUGUGUGUGGCAAAAGAAUGUCCAAACCCUGUUUCUGCUUUCCUUGUCAAUGGAGUAGCAAAAGAGGGACCAGAAAACGGCACUAUAAUCUUCUCACGUGUCAUUACCAAUGUUGGAGGUGAUUACAAUGCAACCACCGGACGGUUUACUUGCAGGAUACCCGGGGUUUAUUCUUUCUUCGUCAGCAUCGAAAAACAGCUAGACGUGAACCAAGCCUACUGUCAGCUUAUAAAGAAUGAUACCCCAACUAUCUAUGUUGGGUCAAGGUCGUCAUUUGUUAAUGGUGACCAUUAUCAACAGGCUAGCAAUUCCGCAGUCCUUGAACUAGCCGCUGAUGACGUCAUCUACCUCGGCAUGUGCUCGGAUGCAAAAACAUUUACCGCAAAAUCAACGUUUAGUGGAUCUCUUCUAGUUGCUGAAGCAGGCGACAACAAACAGUGAAUAGAAUAUAUGUUAAGUCUGUAUCAGCUAUGGGAAAGAAAUAUCUUACCUCAAAACCCGGUGGCAAAUAACAAUGUGUUUGAGAUAGUGACUUCUUUCAUUUGUUGUACAUAUCUUGUAUUUGUCGCCGUAUUUGUCCAGUUGUUUUUUCAUGUUUGUCUGUAAAAUAAAGAUAGUAUGACAAAACUAUAGUAUUAAGUGUAGAAUUAUUAUAGAUUUACUGGCGCUAAGAUGACGGUCGAUCAACUCGACGAUUGUGGGUUUGAGCACUACCACUCAUGACAUCUAUACUGGUUUCUAAAGAAAAAGACUUUGUAGGAUUACAAA